AUGUCACAUUUCAAUAAUAGUAAUACAUCAAUAGGAAAUGUUGAUGAAAAAAAUAAAUUUGUUACUUAUUAUCCAUUUACUCUUAUUAUUGUUGGUACUCUAUUCAAUUUUUUCACAUUUACUAUUCUUUGUCGAUCAACUUUUCGAGAUACAAAUAAAAGACCAACGAUUCAUUAUAUGCGAACAAUAGCUAUCUUUGAUAUUCUCAUGUUAUAUGGAUGGAAUUUAGAUCAUUAUCUUGAUGGAGCAUAUGGAUUUGUUCUUCAAACUUAUUCAAUACCUUUCUGCAAGUUUUGUUCAUUUUUAAAUUACUUCGCAUCACAAGUUUCAGCUUGGUUACGUGUCUUCAUUUGUCUUGAUCGAUAUUUAUCAUUAAGUCGUCUUCAUAAAACAUGGUUUAGUCAAUCACGAAAUGUUCUUAUUAUUAUUAUAUCCAUCAUUAUAGUAUUCACUAUUAUUAAUUUUCACUUCUUUUUAUUUGCUUGCUAUUAUGAUAAAGAUGGUACAGUCAAUCCGCAGGCUAGUCUAUAUAACAUAUAUCCAUUAUGGGAUUCNAUAUAA